CAGCAGUAUAUAUAGCUGGGGAAGAUGAUCAGAAGGCCCCUGGCAGCCAAAAUGAAGUCUCUGGUGUCUGUGUGCUGCUUGCUGUCUCUCCUGGCUUUGUCAGCUGCAGACUCCUCCAUCCUCGAUGAGGAGCCUUUGAUGCAUCUGCAGCUCCAGCAGCCAGAGGGAGACCUCUUCUCCUGUGGAUGUGACGCAGCAGAGGAUCAACAGAGCCAGAGCUCCUCCAAUGACACCCCAGCUCCUGAGAGAGCCAUGUGCCAGCCCUGCAAACCCCUGUCAACUACUGAAAAAGAGCCUGCAACCCCCUUAGAGCAUGAGGAAGAGGAGGAGGAUCAAGCACCCCUACCUGAGGAUGAUUUUUCUGCUGAGGUGGUUUCAACUGAAGAAGAAGACCAGGAGGAAGUUGUAGAAGAGGAUCGAAUUGUGACAUCUGAGGAAAAGGCUGAAGCAGAGCCUGAAGAGGAGUCACUGGAGGAUCAAAGUAUGGAGGAGGAAGAAUCUGAAGAAGUUGUAUUACCUGUAGAAGAGGAGGAGAAACCUGAAGAGGGCGAGGGAGAGGCGAUGGAGCAAUUUUCUCAAGUACAAGUGGAUACAAGUCAGGAGGCUGAUCUAGAGGAGGAAGAAACAGCUGCUGCUGACAAAGAAGCUGCUAAGGAAUUAGAAGAUGUGGACACAAAAGAAGGAACAGAAGUGGCAGCAGAGGAGCAAAUAACUGUGGAAACGGUCCAGCGGGAAGCUACAGUUGCUGAGGAGGAUGACACAGGAGCUGAAUCAGAACCAGAACCAAAUCCAGAACUAGAACCAGUGGCAUUUCCUGAAACAGAACCUGAACCUGAGGAAGCUCAACAAGAACUAGAAUCACAAGCUGCACCAGAGGAGAUUUUAGAUCCACAACCAGAAGCAGAAGUGGUAGCAGAGCCUGAAACUGAAGUAAUACCAAAACCAAAAGCAGAACUUGAUGACAUUUCAGAGCCAGAUCUAAAUCCCAGGCCUGAACCAGAACUGGAGGUCCCUCCUCAGGUGGAGCCUGAACCUUUUGUGGAGGAGGUUACACCAGAAUCUGUUGAGGAAGUUGCUGUGGAGGAUGUAGUGGUGGAAACCCCAGUGGAGGCUCCCGUUGCUGCACAGGAAUUGAAAGUAGAGGAGGCGCCUGCAGAGUCUCAAGCCAAAGAUCACAAAGAAGCUGAAGCUAAGGCCUCUACUCUGAGGGACCGCUCUCACAUCGAGGACAUGCUUCGCCUGGCAACUGCUGAGCCCUCUGCAGAGUUCUCUGGUGCUAUAAAGACGGUGCUGAACAUCUACCACAAGGCCAUCAAACCGAUGGAGCAAGCCUUCAAGUACAAUGAGCUCAGACAGCAUGAGGUCACAGAUGGUGAGGUCACCUCCAAGCCUAUGGUUUUGUUUCUGGGACCUUGGAGUGUGGGCAAAUCCUCCAUGAUCAACUACCUGCUGGGUCUUCAUGGCACCCCUCAGGAGCUAUACACAGGUGCUGAACCCACCACAUCUGAGUACACCGUCAUCAUGCAUGGUGAGAAGUUUCGGUCCAUAGAAGGUAUCGUCAUGGCAGCAGACAGUUCAAGAUCCUUCUCUCCCCUGGAGAAGUUUGGCCAGGGCUUCCUGGAGAAACUAGUCGGCAUUGAGAUGCCCCACAAGCUGCUUGAGAGGGUUACUUUUGUUGACACACCAGGCAUCAUUGAAAACCGCAAGCAGCAGGAAAGAGGUUACCCAUACAAUGAGGUGUGUCAGUGGUUCAUCGAUCGAGCUGAUCUGAUCUUCCUGGUGUUUGACCCAACCAAGCUGGAUGUGGGCGGGGAGCUGGAGAUGCUCUUCAGACAGAUGAAGGGCCGUGAGUCUCAAAUUCGCCUCAUCCUCAACAAGGCAGACAGCCUUACCACACAGGAUCUGAUGAGGGUCUACGGGGCCCUGUUCUGGAGCAUGGCACCACUGAUCAAUGUCACAGAGCCCCCGCGAGUGUAUGUCAGCUCAUUCUGGCCUCAGGACUACGCUAAAGAUACCAGCCGAGAGCUCUUCAUGAGGGAGGAGAUCUCCCUGCUGGAGGACCUGAACCAGGUGAUUGAAAAUCAGAUAGAGAACAAAAUCGCUUUCAUCCGCCAGCACGCCAUCCGUGUGCGCAUCCACGCCCUGCUGGUGGACCGCUAUCUUCAGACCUACUAUGACAAGCUGGGCUGGUUUAGUGACCCACAUGAGGUGUUUCAAGACAUUGUCAAUGACCCGGACAAGUUUUAUAUCUUCAAGUCCAUUCUGGCCAAAACAAAUGUCAGCAAGUUCGACCUGCCAGACAAGGAGGCCUACCAGGACUUCUUUGGCGUCAACCCCAUGUCUAACUUCAAGCAGCUCUCCUACCACUGCGGCUGGACUGGUGGCUGUCUGCUAGAGAAGAUAGAGAAAGCCAUCUCUCAUGAUCUUCCAGCUCUGCUCAGCAGCGUCAGCAAAAGCACAGACACACCGGCCCCACCGAAGGCAGCGCCAACACCCCCACCUCCUCUCCCUGGUACCUGCGAGGGUCCCGGCUGUGAGGAGAAACCCAAGAACCGCUGGAGGAAGCAAUAAGAUGAAGGAGAAGGGUGCAGGAAGAUGAACAGAGGAGGCAGAUGGCAGCAGCAGCCCGAGGGUUCCUGAAAAAGGUUUCACUUCUGGUUGUGGGAAGGCUGGGGGAGAAGAAAAUGUGAAAGAUAUAUAACUGGAAGACCAGAGAAUCAGGGAGGACUUAAAAGUAUUUAUUAAUGAGUAUUUGAAUCUGCUCAAUGUAUGAAACUGACAUCUGACUACCAAAGCCCUGUACAGGACAACAAAACAAUAUUUGACCACAGUUUCGUGUAAAUAGAUGUGAAGUGUUGUCAAAUUUCCAUCUGAGGCUAUCGCUGUUUUGCAAGCUGUGCUAAAUAUCUGCAACAGAAACAUACUUAAGAGGUAACGUCUUGUAAACCUCUCAUGAUUGUUUUCCAGUUUCUCACUGAGGUUUAUUAUUUAUUCACGUUUUUUCCAUUAGAGAACGAUGCUGGCAGUGAUUAUACUCCUGUCUAAUUAUUCAGUCUAACAUGCUGUGCUGUGAUUCAUGUAACCACCUGGAUAAUGUCCUAAAACCCGGGUAGGCUGAUAUUUGUAUGUUAAAAUAAAGAGAAGGUUGCUCACUUUGCAUUCAGCUGCUGUAUCUCUGUUACUGGACACUGCACAGUAGCUUGACUGUAUUGCACUGUACUGUAUUCAUUAUGUAAAAUGUUUUUAUUUUAACAUGUACUCUGGAUUUUUAGAGAAUUUAGAGAAUAUUGCAUUUUAAUUGUAGUUACGUAAGCUUGUAUUCAGUGUGAGGCCUUUUCAGCCCUUUGAACAGAUAGUAUUAUCUCAACCUAUGAAUUUCAUAUGAAAUUCAACAUUUUCAAGCUGUUUGUAAUCCUCAUUGUCUUGUGUGAUUUAUUUUAAGUAAAUAAAGGAACAG